AUGACAGCUUCCACCGAUAAAGCUGCUUAUGGCGGCUGCUGGAAUAUGGCGACGGUGAAGUCCCUGGGGUUGCAUCAGCCCUCAGGGCUUCAACAUGCCAUCAACGAACAGUUGUUACCACCAAACCCGCCAUCCACGUCGUAUACUUGGGAUAUUUCAACAGACGAUCGGCUCGAUGGAAACCUCGAGGAUGAGCUCCUUACGACCGAACACUGCAUCAUAUGGUGUCGAGGUGGCAUAUUUCGCAAGACGUUCAGAUUUGAACUCGAAAAAGAACCGGUCGUACAGGCUCUGCUAGCAUAUUUUCCUGCUUCAAAGGACGACAAGUCUUCUCAAGAUGAUGAUGCUCAAUCAGAUCAACGGCCAGCUUUGUCCAAAGCUUUGGUUGUGUUUCUCAAGACCCAGGCGCAUAUAUACUUUCUGUCUGGUACUAGCCAUAUUGUUCAUAUGCCAUUCGAAGUUGAAUCAGCUUUCGCAGGCCCUGUUGGAGUUAUAAUACAGCGCAAGCAAAAAGCCGAGAGUGUUGCGCCUAUAGAGUUCAAGUUCCCGCGAGUUCCACCCAAUUCCUUUGUCUCUUCGCAAUUGACGGCGUUCAAUAGCUCCCAACAAACCGCCUUCUCUGUCGAGGGCCUUGGAAAGCCGAAGGCGCUCCCACUUCGUCUAAGUUCAACUCUGGACAAUCUUUGGGAAGCGCCACUGGAGCAACCUGAGUCUCGUUGGCCACGGCUUGUCUCAUUAACGGACCCGUUACUUGAACUGGGACUGGUUGUCACAAACCAAGACCCCCAGAAUGCUAAAAAUUUGAGGCAGACUGCAAAGAAAAAACUGUCGUUCCUUGAUGCGGCGGAGGAAGUUGUACAUGUGGAAGAGAUCAAGAUCCCUGGUGCAUUGACUCAAGAUCUAAGCCAACCCCUAAUCAUAGCGGUUACGAUCAACCGUGAAACUAGUGAAUACACUGUCUGGCGCCUCACUUACCUGCAACAUGAAGACCCGUUCCUCAACCGGCAAAAGGAUGCCAAGUCAAAGUCUGCUCGGCGUCGUAGCUCCAUGCCGUCUGCCUUUGCGAGUGCUCCUGGCACACCUGCGCAGCCCAAUCUCCGAGAGAGUUUUGGACACCCGCUACCAGGAAAGCGACAGAGGAAGAGUGAAAGGCUCGAGAAACCCAUGAUAGAUCUAGUUUCUUCUUUGGAACAACAAGACAAAGAAGGAACCGGCGCCGCCCGCAGGAGCUCUCGUAGAGUCAGCUCUAUGUUAGCGAGAGCUGAUCUGUCUGCUUCUCAUGACAGGGCCAUAAUGCCAGAACCGCCCGUGCACUCCAGCCAUGUUGGAGGCAGGAGGCAUGAAUCUCAAGGAAGCCGUUUGAGUGCCAACUAUGCCCAUCAGAUCCAUCCUAGUUUGAGCAGUCUGCUAGCGGCACCGUUUUAUGAAGGACUCGACGAGGGGUUUCACAACAUGGGCUUGGAGGACCAUGAGUUUGAUGGGUUACAGCAUGAGAUAUUGUUUACCAAGCUUCAGAGCGUACCCAUGAAUAACUCCAACGUUCGAUAUUCAGACCAACCAGCCCGGAACCAAACCAAAGUUUUCAUCCUGGUAGCGCCGCCCUUCGCUAUCGAUGGCCACGAUCAAAGUCAACUUCUUAUUGGCAUUCAGGACGCUACCGAAAGGCGACUCCAACUCCUUACUUUGGAGUUGGGUAUCCAGCGCGGCAGCAACACAGGCACCAAAGGCGGAAAAAAGAAUGGCUCUGACGGCGCCACUGUGCUAGCAACCGUCAUCGACCGUAGGCACGCCCAGAACGUUGUUGACUCUUGCAAAUUAGUGGAUGGUGAACACUCGGCAAUCCUCAUUCUUUCUGAAUCGAUGGAUGGUCGGCACGAACUGAGCACUCAAGCACCGUGGAGUGUUCUCACGAAAAUAUCACUUUCUCUUCUCGUCGUUGACAACACUAGAAGCUUGCAAUAUCGAGGCAGGGUCGUGGACCGCGAUGUUACACAGAGAAAAUCCGAGGUUAUCGAUUUUAGCAAUGGCAGUAUCGUCGGUGUACGCCAUCCACGACAAGGAGGCAUUGUUGAUGUUGUCGAUGCUGAAGGACGACUUCACGAACUUCGAAUACAACUAGAACCAAGAUCUCCACACGUUCGAAAGGCUCUGGAUGUUUGUCGUAGCAUAUUGCCCCAUGCUCUCGGUGAGCACAUAUUUGCUGGCUGGCUUCAUUGUAUGCAGUGGAUAGGAGGCUACGAAGAGCCACUUACAAAUGUUGAAUGGUCUGCCAUGUCCAUUCUGCUUUUGUCAUUAUUUUUGAGUCUUGGCCGUAAGGACACGAAGCCAUUUCCCAAGGCCCGCCUCCCUGUCCGCAGGAAAAAGGCUGCUUCAGGUUCGUUUAGCUCAAUAAAAGAAUCUGAAGAUUGGAAAUUGUUGGAAGCCAGCGAAGCAUCUAACUCGUUAGGAUGCCCACCAUGGAUGAUGAAUGGGGGUUGGGAAUGGGUAUUGGAGGAAGAUGCGGACAAUGGUUUCUCAUCAGGAGAAGAGAAUCCCUCCUCGACAUUUAUCUCCAAACAUGUCUCUUUAGCCAAAGAAUACAUGAUGUCUACGCUUGGCGAAUCAGCUUUCGGACACACCGGAUACAUGCCGACAUCCUUGGCUAAGAGCACGGAAAGUCGGCGCAAGGUAGCCGUCGAUGUAUUCAUGGGAUUGCACUUGCUUCUUGAAGAAGAAAAGUUGGAUAUCAUGACGCCGGAAUUCAGAUCUCCAGGUCGUGCUGAUCUCCGAGUUAUCAUGUCUCAAAUCGCCCGGUGGUUCAAGUGGCACAACUUUGCUUCCACAUACGAAGCCGGCAUACAAGAAGACAUUGAUCAACGUCAUGACUCAGAACUUAAUCUGAAGCCUGCGAUACCCCAGCCUCCUUUAAAGCCGGACAUCAUUGCUUGGGUCCAGGCGAGACUUACUGGAGAUAGACGGGUUCCUUACAUCACUCCAGCAGAUAUCUACUACGCCGGCUCACAAUUAUCCGAAGCAGAGAAAUCACAGGAUCGAAGAUGGGAGCAUAUACUUCCCAGGACGCUCAUGUUCAAACAGUUUUUCAAAUUCUUGAAGCCAAGCACAAGUGCGACACAAAUGGUAGAGGCCAUGCGAGAUGCCGGGAUCACAACUUCGAUACUUGACAGCCUUCCAGAAGCUGUUCUUGUGCCUUUGAGGGAUGCAAUUUCGUUGUGCCAGCCACACCCACCAACCUCUUGGUCAAGGGAUCUCCUUGAGUUGGUUGACCGUAGGGAUAUCAGUCUUAUCCUCACCCCUGGCAAGCGCCCUAAGCCAAGCGCUUCCAAGAUUCUGACACCUACGCACAACGCGACAUGGGACUACAAGUUGCUUUGCCAGAGCGUUGAUGAGUCAAACAACGUGGGCUAUGAUGAGGGCGAAGGAACUGAAAGACAAGCUGUUAUUCGCUCCUUGUUCAAAGAAGAUCGUCGCCUGAACGAAGCCCAAGAUUUACUCUCCACCAGCAAAGCCAGACUUGUUCGACUUGAUCCCAAUCCAAGUUGGCCAGAGAGCGAAUAUCUUGAGAAGCAAAAGGAGCUGGUUACAAGAAUCGCUACAGGCACCUUGGCAAUUCCGGCUGGACGGGCUUUGUUAUACUACAGCCUCCGCUAUCCGUUAAUUACGCAGAAAUUCCAUAUUGGUGGAUUCAAUCUCAACUGUAUUGUGAAGCCAACAAACACUACUGUGGGUGUGGAUAAAUCACAGUUCUCGGAAGAGAAGGUCUGUUGGGGGUUCUUCCACCAAGGCGUCGCAGCUGGUCUUGCCAUCUCCCCUCAAGCCCAAGGUAUUGAUACGUCUUGGAUUCUCUACAACAAACCUGGUCAGGACCUCAAUAACCGUCAUGCUGGCUUCUUGCUUGCACUUGGUCUCAAUGGCCAUUUGAAGGACGUCGCAAAAUGGGUAGCGUUCAAGUACCUGACACCAAAACAUACCAUGACCUCUAUCGGUCUUCUUCUGGGCUUGGCUGCAUCCUACAUGGGUACGAUGGACUCGCUGAUUACGCGUUUGCUUUCCGUCCACGCCACAAGGAUGUUACCUCGCGGAGCAGCUGAGCUGAACCUAUCACCCCUAACACAAACUUCGGGUAUAAUGGGUAUCGGGCUGUUGUACGCCAAUAGUCAGCAUCGUCGAAUGAGCGAGAUCAUGCUUUCUGAGAUUGAGCACAUUGACGAGGAAGACGAGGAAGAACCCCUGAGAAGUGAAUGUUACCGUUUGGCAGCUGGCUUUGCUCUUGGAUUCAUCAACCUCGGCAAAGGCAAUGACCUUAAGGGCUUACACGACAUGAGACUAACAGAGAAACUAAUCUCCCAUGCUACUACUACCAAAAACAUUGAGAUAGUCCAUAUUCUGGACCGUGCAGCGGCUGGGGCUGUCAUGGCCUUGGCCCUUAUCUAUAUGAAAUCAGAAGAUCAGAUCGUGGCACGCAAAAUUGAUAUACCAGACUCAAUUUUGCAGUUUGACUACAUCCGACCUGAUAUCCUCCUACUACGAACCCUCACAAAAAACCUGAUUAUGUGGUCAAAGAUCGAACCAACCUUCGCUUGGAUUCGUAAGAACCUACCGCGCCCUUACCGCCCACAGUUCAAGCUCCAGUCAACCACUAAGUUGCGGUCAACUGAUAUGGCAUUCCACAGCAUAGUGGCUGGUCUUUGCUUUUCUAUUGCUCUUCGCUUCUCCGGGAGUGCUUCUCCCAAAGUUCGAGAUCUUCUCUUGUACUACUUGGAUCAGUUUAUGCGGAUUUCUCAGAUCCCGUCCACUGCAAACAUGCAUCCCAAUGGUACACCACCUUACGAUGAAGAGUUGACUCGAACCAAUGCACGAAUGUGCCAGGAUGUCGUAGCACUAUCUGCAUCUAUUGUAAUGGCUGGAACAGGCGACAUCCCCGUUCUUCGCCGCCUUCGUGCACUUCAUGGUCGUGAUGAUCCAGAAACUCCUUACGGUUCUCAUCUUGCUGCACAUUUGGCAAUUGGGGCCCUGUUCUUGGGAUGUGGUACAGCAACCUUUGGCACCAGCAACCUUGCUAUAGCUUCCCUAUUGGUAUCUUUCUAUCCCAUUUUCCCUACGAAUGUUAUGGAUAACCGAUCCCAUCUUCAAGCUCUUCGCCAUUUCUGGGUCUUGGCUACAGAGCAACGUUGUCUCGUUACCAAAGACGUUCUUACUGGUCAGCCGAUUUCUGUACCUGUACAAAUCACGAUGCGCAAGAACACCUCUACAGAGCCUGUCUUGAGUAGAACAGCACCAUGUAUCCUGCCCCCUAUCGAUCAAAUAGCCAGUCUUUCGACCGCUUGUGGGCCCCAGUUCUGGGACGUUGAGCUUGACUUCUCCAACCCAGAGGUUCGAGCUGCCUUUGGAGAUACACAAAGUCUUUACCUCCGCAGGCGGCCACCACAAGAAGGGGCAUUUGCUUCUACUCUUCGUGCACUCGGUAGCGAUGGAAAGGGCAAAGAUCCUAUGGAGUGGGUGUUUGGACUUGGUAGUCUUCGCAGUAUUAGCUGUGCAGAGCGGACUGUGGUGCUUGAACGAGGAGAUGAUACUCAGCACUCAGGUAGCGCUGUCGACGCAAGGCUGGAGAUGGCCAAGGGUAUCGCUGAAGGAACAGACCGAGAGCGGCUUGAAGGAGCAAGACUGCUCUUCGAAUGGGCUUCUGUGCGUGAUCGCUUACGUGACUCUAAUAUGUUCGACAGCCAGGAAACUAUUACAGAAUCUCACGUACAUCGUGAGACCGAAGGGCAAGACGACCUAGAGGGUACAGCGGAGGAUGAGGGUGUUUGGUGGAUGCGAGAUAGUGUUGUUGAGAGUCUCAAGGGCAUGGUAUGGCUUGCCAGUCGUGAGGGUGAGCAGUAG